AAUCAAAAUCACAUCUCCAUGCCCAUACGAUAUAUAUAAACCGCUCUCCUCUUUGCCCUUUUAAAACCAUCAAUUCUAAUCUUCUUUUAAGGGCUCUGGGCAUCUUUCGUGAUUUUAGAGUUUUGACCUUCUUUUAUUAACUGAGUUGUUUGAUUUUCAAUGGAGACCCCUUUAUCUUCAAGAAUAGUUACCAGGUUACAGACUUUGGCUUCUUCCAACAACGGUAACCCUGUUUCCAAAGGAAAGAAUGAAGGUUCGGAGAAGAGUGCGUCGAAAACAAGAACAAGAAAUGGGAAACAACAACAAGACGAAGAAAGGUCUGCGCUUAUUGAUAUAACAAACGAUUCGCCGAUUGUUGGGGUUGCAAUGGAGACUCCAUCUGCUGUAGUAGGUAAGGGUAAGACCAACAUGAUGACGAUGAUGACUCCUUGUUCUGGUGAGGCUUUGUUAAGGGGUCAAGUCAAGAAUCUGUUGCAGAAGGUUGAAGAGGAGGCUGAGGUUUCAAAAGUUCCAUUGGAGAGCCGUCCUUUUGUUCAUCUUCAAUCCCCAAUGGCACUUGUGGCCCCAACUCCUGCAAAUACACCCAAUAUCUCUUAUCUUUCCGAGGAUGGAGCAUUGGGUUCAAUGCUGAUGGAUCUUCCUGUUGUCGAAGAAGAGUUGAACAUAUCUGAGGUGAUGAGUGGUAACAUUGUUGGAACUGGUGUUGAAUCCCAGAAAUGUAUGAUAACAAGAUCGUUGCUGCUGGAUUUUGCUGAGAAAUCAGAAUGCUGUUCUGAAGAUGGAGUGAUAAUAACAGAGGACAGCAGUGCAAGGAAAGAGAAGGCAUUGACAUUCCAGAAUGAUGACAUCGACAGCGCCUCUAUUUGGUCUAUCCAGGUUAAUGCAAGCACCCAUGAUGAAGAAGAAGAUGGAGGAUUGGUGGAUGAGCUGUGUAAAGGCAUAAGAAAGAUAAGCAUGACAGAGAUGUCCACGGGAAAGCAGACGAGAUUUGUUGACAACAGCGAUGAUGAGAUUGAAGAAGAAGAAGAAUGGGGAGAGAAUGGGGAGUAUUCAAGUGAUAUAAUGAGGUUGAAGGGGUUGCCAACACCCAAAGGAAAGCACCUGCGCUUUCCUCUGGAGGAGGAGGCUGAGCUGUGUAAAGGCAAAAGAAAGAUAAGCAUGACAGAGAUGUUCAUGGGAAAGCACACGAGAUUUGUUUACAACAGCGAUGAUGAGAUUGAAGAAGAAGAAGAAGAAUGGGGGGAGCAUGGGGAGUAUUCAAGUGAUAUAAUGAGGUUGAAGGGGUUGCCAACACCCAAAAGAAAGCACCUGCGCUUUCCUCUGGAGGAGGAGGAUGAGCAAGAUUAAGUGAUCUCAUUUUAUGAUUGGCUAGGGAAAUUAAUGCUCGGCUGUCUUUCUUGACACCAUUCAUUCAUUUUGUCAUUUUUUCAAGAUAAAAAACAGAAUGAAUAAACCUAGUAAGAUCACCAAUGAAGUGAUUAUUUCAAUAAAAAAAUUUAUCGAUCAGUUGUGAAUUA